AGGAGGAUUAGACUGAUUUUUAUGAUUAUUUGUUACUUGAAUAAAACUCUAUCAUCACGUAAUCAACAACCUUUCAACAGUCCAGUUAUUUUCAACGUUUGGUAAAAAGGAUUUCAACAAGAAGUGUUUAUAAAAGGCAAGUUGAUACUCCAGCCUACUCCAUCAAACAACACAAGCUCUUUCAACAGCAUGGAUUCAAUAGGAAACAAGAAAUUUCAACAAACAUUGGGUUGAAAACAACAUGACUUCAAUAGGAAACAAGAAAAUCAACAACCAUCAGACUGAAAAUUAACAACGUAGUUAGCAUACUUUAAUCUUAAAACUGAAGAAAAAACUUUGAAAAAAUUUGGUUACUAGCCUUUCUCCCUUUUCACACUUCUUAACUAGGAAACAAGAGAAUUCAACAAAUAUCAGACCGAAAAUUAACAACGUUUGCAUACUCUAAUAAUAUAAACACUCUAAAUAAUCUUAAAACUGAAAAAAAUCUUGGAUAAAUUGUGGUUACUAGCCUUUCUUCCUCUUCACACUUCUUAACUAGAAAACAAGAGAAUUCAAAAAAUAUCAGACUAAAAAUUAACAACGUUUGCAUACUUUAAUAAUAUAAAUACUCCAUAUACUAAAAUAAUCUUAAAACUAAAAAAAUCUUUGAUAAAUCUGGUUACUAGCCUUCUCUCUUUUCACACUUCUUAAAUAGGAAACAAGAGAAUUCAAAAAAUAUCAGACUGAAAAUUAACAACGUUUGCAUACUCUAAUAAUAUAAACACUCUAAAUAAUCUUAAAACUGAAAAAAAUCUUGGAUAAAAUGUGGUUACUAGCUUUCCUAUUUACACUUCUUAACUAGAAAACAAGAGAAUUCAAUAAACAACAGACUAAAAAUUAACAACGUUUGCAUACUCUAAUAAUAAAUACUCUAAAUACACAAAUAAUCUUAAAACUGAAAAAAAUCUUUGAAAAAUGUGGUUAUCAGCCUUUCUUCCUCUUCACACUUCUUAAAUAGGAAACAAGAGAAUUCAAGAAACAUCAGACUAAAAAUUAACAACGUUUGCAUACUCUAAUAAUAUAAAUACUCUAAAUACUCAAAUAAUCUUAAAACUAAAAAAAAUCUUGGAUAAAAUGUGGUUACUAGCCUUCUUAUUCAUACUUCUCAACGCUAUCUACUUUUUCGCCUGUCGCUUCUCCUACCUUAUGUAUCAAAUCAUGUACAAAACAAGGCCAAAAGAAAAGAAACGCGAUAAAAGUGUGGAUAAAGUGAAAACUCUGAUAGUGAUUGGAUCCGGGGGUCACACGACUGAAAUGAUGUUGUUAGUUGAAAAGUUGGACUUUAGAAACUAUUCUCCCAGAACUUAUGUGAUCGCCGACACAGAUACUAUGAGUGAGGGGAAAGUUUUGAGGUGUGAGGGUGAAAAUGAGGGUGAAAACGAGGUGAAAGAGGGUAAAAACGAGGCUAAAAACGAGGUAAAAGAGUGUGAAAACGAGGUAAACGAGGUUAAUAAAGACUAUAAAAUCCUAAAAAUCCCUCGCAGCCGAGAGGUACACCAAUCCUUCCUCACUUCGGUUAUCACAACUUUGGAAUCCAUUUUCUAUACUCUACCAAUCAUGCUGAGGGUAAACCCUGACCUGAUACUCUGUAACGGGCCCGGUACAUGUAUACCAGUUUGUGUGAUAGCCUUUCUGAUGAGACUCUUUUUCGUCUCGAACAAUCGGAUAAUUUUUGUGGAAAGCGUUUGUCGUGUACAGACUUUGUCGUUGACUGGGAAAAUUUUGUUGUUUAUUGCAGAUGAAGUGUUAGUUCAGUGGCCGGAUUUGACUGCUGAGUAUCCCAGGGCUAAGUUUAUUGGUAGACUGUGAUGGUGGUUUUGGUCCAUGCAAAAUACGUGAAAUUUAUUAAUAAAUUAAUUGAGAAAAUAAAACAUUAAUAAACAAAUUAAACAUUGAGAGAAUACAAUGUUUGACAGGGCUGUAGGGAUACCCGUUUAUUUAACUAAUAACUAUGACUAGUUUAACAUAACUCAUAACUAGUUUAUUGGUAAACUGUGAUGGCUGUUUUAGUCCAUGCAAAAUAUGUAAAAUUAAUUGAGAAAAUACAGUGUUUGGCAGGGCUGUAGGGAUACCCGUUUAUUUAACUAAUAACUAUGACUAGUUUAACAUAAAUCAUAACUAGUUAUUGGUAGACUGUGAUGGUUGUUUUAGUCCAUGCAAAAUACGUGAAAUUUAUUAAUAAAUUAAUUGAGAAAAUACAAUGUUUGACAGGGCUGUAUGGAUACCCGUUUAUUUAACUAAUAACUAUGACUAGUUUAACAUAACUCAUAACUAGUUUAUUGGUAAACUGUGAUGGCUGUUUUAGUCC